AGUCUCGUGCGUUUUAAGUUGCUUGUUCCAGAUCAACGGUUGUUUGUCUUGCGCGGACACAUCGAAGUGUCAAUCGAUGUCUUUGUCCAUCGCUCAUUGCGACACUCUUACUUUCACGGUGCAGGUGCGGUGAGCGAGGCACGCGGCUGCCUAUAUCUAUAAUACCUCUCGCACACCGCACAACUACCUCUUCAAGUUUAACAACGCAGCCAUAAAGCACACCACAAGUGCACGCCUGACAUCGAACGUGGAUCAUACCCAUGCCGAAUUUGAAAGAUGAUGGGCCCUUAUUUUGACAUGAUGGGCGACACUGAGCCUCACACAACCAAAUACACACUGACAGUCUUCUGCCCGCCCCGCCCUCCACCUCGCUGGCUACCUGCCAUUUUCACGCGUCCAGGGUCCUCUAAACCUAACGUUGGCACAAAAUACGUCAUCCGUCCUUCCGACUACGAUCCCGCGAACCCCAACUAUGACUGCUUCGAGGUGCGACAUCUCUCAGACAUGACGUCGAAGACAGUCAAGCUUAUUAGCGCGUGGUUCCCGGCAGAUCUGCGCUGUAACCAUGUCUACGAGGGACACACGUGCGAAGAAGGGUGCUAUGUGCUUGAGAAAGGCGGAGAUAUCAGCAGGUGGAGGUGCAAGAGGGAAGACUGUGAGGGACAUGUGUACUGUGGGAGAGUGCUGAAGGACAGUAAGGGUGUGGUUUGUUUUGGGAAGAAGGGCGCGAGGAUGGUGUGCAUACAGCGUUGAAUAGUCAAGGAUAUGGGUGUGUGCAUGGUGCGAUGAAAGU